AUGGUACGCAAACAACGAACUCUUGCAAAGUCAAAGGAGCCCUAGCAUCUUGACUCUGCAAAUUCACUUAAAAAAGCAAGCACUAUUUUAGUUUCAAAUCCUUAAACAUUGACUACAUCUGGUUCGAAUACUUUGAUUUAAGGAUAGAUUGAACCAAACGAGAAGCAGAUUAUCAACGAAAUUUUAGAUCAUGCUUUAGAUUUCAAUCACAAAAAAAGAGUUGAAGACUUGAACUUACUUGACAUAUUGAACUCCUAUGAUGAAAUGAUAUAAAACUAUCAAAUAUCAAAGGAUAAAGGGCAGUAAAUUUAUCGUAAAUUGCUCCAAAUUCAGAGAAGUAAUGGGAAGGAAGAGAAGAAAUAGACAAUAGAGAAAGAAAAUUUAUCAUCAAACUAUGAGACUUUGAAUCAGGAUCUGUAAUUUGAUUUUCUCGGAUCAUUUGGAGGAUAGAAUAAUAAUUAAGAGUAAAUAAAAACUAGCAAGCAAAGAUAAAACUCUAUCAGCUUUAACAAUGAAGGGGUUCAGAGAUCUGAAAUUAAAAACUCUAAAAUACCUCGACCUCCACCAACUGUCAUGAACUCUUAAUUUCAAAGUUUAUAAGGUCAGUCGAAUCAAACUCCAGCUUAGAACUUAUCUCAAAAUUAAAAUGGUAUGCUAAACAGCUAGUUCUCUCUAAAUAAUAAUAGUGACACCUAAUUCUAAGAUGCUUAUUAGAUUGCUUGCUAACAAAACCCUCAACACCUUAGUUUAUUUGACUCUAAUGCUUAUACUAAAAAUACGAACUCAAUGGGUUCUGUAUUUUCAACUCUGAACUAAAAUCAUAACCUAUCUUAACAAAAUUCAAAUAGAGCAAAUAACGUGACUACUAUAAGACUACCAAAGCUAUCUUUUAAUGAUUUGAUUCAAGCGUAAAAUUAUGAUUCAUUCAAGAAAUUCAAUGAUAAUAAUCAGUAUUCUUUGAAUGAGGAUUCGACAGAAAAUCUAAUGCAGAGAUCUGAUGAACUAUUAUAAAAUUCAAUUGGGUUUGCUUAAGGAAAUCUCAUAUAAGUUGAAUAGGAUGAUGAAGAAUUGAAAAGCUAAGAGAUGUCAGUAUUUCAAAGCCAUAAGAAGUAUCAUAACCCUGCUGAUGAUAGUAGCAUUCUAAAGUACUCUCAUUAAAAUUCUGUGGUAAUCGAAAGUUCGAAGACAAACCCUUACAGGAGAGAUGAUGGAUUGAAUAUCGCCUCAAAAUUCCCUAAAUUGAAAUUAAUAACUGAAAGUGAACUACAAUCUAUUGAUAAUCAAAUAUUCAAUAUAGAGUCUCAACUAAAGACUAAUAAUUACAGUAAUUAGGACAAAGAGAAUCAGUAGUAUUAAAUGAAUAACGCUAAUAAGGAUAUUUCACCUCUAAGAUCAAAGUCAAGAGACUCAAAAAUUUUAUCAAAGAAUUAAUCACAAAGAACCUAAAAGAAAGAGAACGUUAUUGACUCAAACAUCAAACUUUCUAUAGCAUUUUAGACAAGAAAGCUUUUGCUAAAGGUCUGGAAAACAUUGCUUAUAAAUAAAAUCUAAAAAAUGAGAGCAAAUCAUUUAAAGCGGAUAGCCAAAAACUUUGUAAGGUAGAAGCAAAUUCUUAAAUCUUGGUAAAAUUGGAAGGUCUACACUAAAGUAAUACUUCCUUAGGAGAGAUUACAACGUAAAGCUAAGGAAUUUCACAGGAAACUUUUAUUGGAGAAAAGUUUCCUAUUGCUUAAAUAAAGAGCUGAGAAAUAAAAAGAGAUGAAAGCUAAAUUAAUUUCAACUAAAUUGGUUUUAAGAUCAUAGAAAUUAAGACAAGUGUUUUCUCAAUUAAAGCAAGCAGUCUUAGAGCAAAGAAUUGAAAGAACAAGGAAACUCACAGGAUAUCACAUUUGCUAUCAGAAGUUGAAGAUAAAAGCAUUUAGAACUCUUUAGCUAAAUGCCAAAGUAAAUAGGAGAGAUCGAAGAGUGUCUUAGAGAACUAGAAUUUUUUACCAGUAAUAAUUGAUGAAGAAAGCAUUGCAUGCCUUACAAUAAAAUUCAAUUCUCAAAACUGAAAAGAAGAGAAGAAUAAUUAGUGCUAGAUAGUAUUUCUAUAAUUAAUACAAUUACAUAAUUAAGAACAAGGCUUAUCAGGUGCUGAGAUAAUAUGCAGUUCAUAAUAGAAAGAACAAACUGGCACACUAGCAAAAUAGAUAUUGGUUGCUUCAUAGACAUUUUAGGAAUUUGAAAUAUUUAACCUACCUUAAGAGAGGGGCAAAGAACUAAAAAUAAUUUCUUUAAAGAUAUCAUAGUCAUAAUCUCCUAAUAAAAUCUCUUAAAUCACUAGUGCUAUAUAAUUAAGAGUAAAAAGAUAAGCACUACCUGAUAUGUAACUACAUGGCUAGAGUGAAAAUUAGGAAAAUAUUUAGAGCUCUCAAUAAAUAUAGGUACGAUAAUAGGAUUCCAUUUACCCCUAAUUGCGGGCCUUUCCUAAGAUGUGCUUAAAUAAUUCUUGAGCAUUCUUUUGCUAAAGUCAUGGACAAUGUUUGGUAAGAUUUCCCGAAACAAAAAUAGAUAAAGAAUAAGCUGACCUUGCAUCCUAAUUUGAUGUUAAACUUUAUCGGCCUUAGUAAAAAUCUUAGAUAUAGAUCUUUCUUCUAUGAAGCAAAUGAUAAUUUAAGAUAGUACUACCUAAAAAGUGUAUUCAAAGUCAUUUAGGAUAGAGCAAGAAAGAUGAAAGAAUUUAAGAAAGAUUUAAGAUUAAAAACAUCUUUCAAUGUUCUCCAAGUUUUAAAGCAUUAAACAUAAAAGAAUCGAUAUAAGAAGCAUGUAGUUCAAGGUAAAUCUAAAAAGAACAAUUUGAAAUUGCUCAAAAAGGUAUUUAGAGCAUUUAGAAAGCAUACCCGUCAAAACAGAAAAAUGACAAAAAAUUUCUACAAAAUACUACUGAUGAGAAAAAAAAGAAUAUUAAAUGAACAUCUAAAUUUAUGGAUGAGCAAGUUCAGUAGGAUUUAAUAAAUUAAUCAAAAUGAAGAAGUAGCGAAUAAGAUUUACAAGCAUAGAAACCUAUCUAAAUUCUUAGCAUUAUGGCUUAGAUAGCUCCAUUCCAAGCUAAAGCAGGAUCAUUUAUAAAUCUUGAAAUAAAAAUUCUAGAGGAAUUUCAUCAGAAAACGAUUUCUUCGUCAAUGGUACCUAAUUUACAGGAAAUAGUCAUACUUAACAGAGCAAGAAAGAUAAAUAGAAGAUCAUUAGACAAACCUUGUGUAAUAUAAAUGCUUUCAAAGAAUUAAGCAGUAUACUACUCAUAAGUAGAAGAUGAGAGUAAGGAAGCAAGCUGCUGAUUAAGAGCAGAGAUAUUGGCAAGCUAAGAAAACUUUAGCCUUUUGGCAUCAAGGAAUUGAAAAUAUGAGGAAGUAAAAUGAAUUGUAUUAAUACAUUGACACUGAUAGACAAACUAAAUUAGUUGUGAGAGUUUUCGACAGACUCAAACUCUUUAAGCAGUUCAAAAUAUAGAGAAAGUUAAAUGAUGAUAUUCUAACCAAGAGUAUACAUAGCUUAGUGAAAAAUAGAGUAUUCAGGCAAUGGAAUGGAAAGCUAAAUAAAAAGAUAUCUUGCAAUAUGAUAUCAGUUUUACUUAAAUAGAUCUAGCUUAAACUCGCUUUUAAAUAGAUUUAGCACAUAUAGGCCUUUUAUGAGUCCACUACAGAAGUUAUGUAAGAAAAAAGAUCAUCAUAUCUGAUGCUUCAAUUUUUCAAUAUUUUGAAGUUGAACAAGAAAAAUAUAGAUAAAGCUUAAUCUAAUGCUGAGACUGUUUAAUCUAAAAAUAAAAUAUUUGCAACAGCUAAAUUCUUUAAUAAAUGGAGUAAGCUGUAUAAGCAAAGAAGGCAAAUGUAUGUAACAUAUGCCUUUACCGUUAUUCAAAUAAAAAAUUAGGUGCUGAGAGGAUUGCUUAAUGAUUGGAAAAAUCAUGUCGGGUAUUUAAAACUGAAAAAAUAAGGAGAUAAACAUAAGUUGACUAAAGUUAAAAGACAAGUUUUCAGAUAACUAAGACUCAGAUCAAUGAAAUCAUAGCAUUAUAUGGCUUCCUAUGAUUAUUUAAAAGCCAAAUAUGCUAGUAAAGACAAAGUUUAAAUGUUUUAUUCCUGGAGAGAUAGGUUUAUGAAUAAAUUACAGCUUAUAUUUAGAUUUUAACAAAGCAUUCUCAACAAAAAAUUCAAGAUAUUUAGCAUUAUAAAAUUCUACAAGGCAGUUUAAAUGCAGUUAAAAAAUGAUCUUGCUUGCAAAAGAUUAUAUCUUACGCAAGUAUUUAAAAAACUAUGGUUCUUGAAACUAAGUAGAACAGUAAAAUAGAGAAGAGAACUAAAGGGAAAAUUGUAUUCAGCAAUAGAUUUUAAUUAGGAUUAUAUGUUUAGAAAAGCAGUGUAAACUUGGAUAUAAUACUAUAGAAAUCACAAAUAGGAUAUUUAGAAGUAAAUUAAGAUUAAAAGAAAAAGCUAAAAUGCCAAUGUCAAAAAAUAUAUGUCAUAAUGGAUAGAAAGAGCAUCAAAAUCACUAAGAAAGCUAAAAGGCCUUAAACAAAUGAUAAAAUAUAGAAAUAAAAAGAUGACUUUGUUUAGAUUUGCUAAAUGGGUUGAUGAAACCAAUUACUUUAUAUCUCUUGAACAAAGAAUUCAGUAGUUUAACAAGCAUUCUUAGAAAAAUGAUAAGAAAUAUGCUAUAAAGCAAUUGACUAUGUUUAGCAAGUAAAGAGUAGUAUGUAAAUAGAGAAAUUAAGAUAUUAAAGAAUAUCAAAGGAAAAAAUAUCUUAUCAAAAUUCUAAGUUGCUUCCAGUAAUAUGUUUCUCACAGAAAAAACCAAUAUGAGUUAUAUAAGAUAGCCAUUGAUCAAUAUGUGAGAAAAUUGAAAGAAGUUAACUUCAAAACCUUUAGAUUUCUAAUAAGUUAGCAAAAUAUUAUUAACUAACAAUCAAUUGUAAUGAGAUAGUCCUAGUAGAGAAUUUAUGGAUCUAUUGUAUUUGCUAAAUUAAAUGAGAACAAAACAAAGAGAUAAAAUUUAAAGGAUCAAAAUUACUAUAGCACUUAAUAUAGACUAAGCUCUCUUCUCUAAAAAUCUUUUGGAAUGUUUAAGUUGAAUAAAAAGCAACAAAAAGUUAAGAAAUAAGUGAGUUAGCAUGCAAGACUGCACUAGAUAAUAGUUACUGAGAGAAAAAUUUUUGAAAAAUUAAGACUUUAUAAAUGUCACAACUAGCUAAUGAAGAAGAAAAGAAUGAUUAUGCUACAAGUUAUUAAAGGUUUAGACCAAGAAAUGAUGAAACGAUCGCUUUUUAAGAUUUUGGUUAUUAAUAUGAAGAAUGAGUUUAAGAAUAAGUAUCAGAUCGCUUAAAUUAUGAGAUAACUUAAAACAAAAAGACUGUUUAAUGCAAUGAGACAAAAUUAAAAGGCUUACAGCAAAUCAAAGCAAGUAGAGAAACAAAUUAACAAAAGAAAACUUAGAAAAUUAAGAAAUUAAUACUUCAAUAAAUGGAGAGCAUUAUUCUAAUAGCUCUCUAUAGUAAAACAGCAUUUAACUUAAAAAGAUCUCUUUACAAAGAAGAGGGUAUUGGAUUACCUUAAGUAAAAGUAAACCAAUGCAAGAAAAUCAUAUAUGAUUUAAGUAAGCUAAAAUGUAAAAACUAAGGCUAUAGUACUCACAGCGCUUAUCUAGAAUAGCUAAUUUAGAAAGUUAUUAAAUGUAAAGAAUCAAUAAGCAAUGAUUAAUCAUAAUAGAAGUUUAGCGAUCAAAGUAUUUCAAGCCUUUGAACUUUCAAAAUAGAAUUCUGUAAAGGUUCUUAAAUCUCAUAUAAAUGUAAACUAUGGGUUAAAAGUUAAAACCUUGCAUGCCUUUAAAUUCAUAAUUGAUAGAAGCAACUUAGUAUCAUAAUUAGAGAAUCAAACAAAUUUAAAUCUGAUUUGCUCAAAGUUUAGAGAUUGGCAAGCUGCAUUCUAGAGGAAAAUGCAGUUCAAAGUAAAGCUUGCUACUCUUCUUGAAAAAUUUGAACAAGUUGAUAAGAGCCACUGUUUUAAUCAAUGGAAGAGAGGGGCUUAUUUUAUGAAAACAUGCGAGCUAAUAUAUGUUUUUAGAUACAAAGAAGAGGAAGACUCCACAAAGUCAAGUGUUUUGAGAGAAUGGAGACGAUACACAUAAUAUAGAUAGAAAAGAGAUUAUUACCAAAAGUCUCUGCAAUUAAAUCACACAUAUCAUUUGGCAAAAGAAGUUUUAAAUAAAUGGAGGUAGAAUGAUAGAGUAAAAGGUACUGUGUUAAUUUAAAAGCUCUAGAAUCUCAUAAAUCCCAUCUAUCAAGAUGGUUUAGAAUCGAUGUUUAACUACGCCAUUAAGGAUUAAAAUUUAGAUGAAAAAGUGCAGAAAUUUGAGAAGAAGAGAGCUAAGAAAGAAAAAAAAAGAUUUUUCUAUGAAUGGAUGAUUAGAUUGGAGAAAAAGGAAUAGCUUGACAUACUAGAAUAGAGACGGAAUGAUAGAUUGCUUAAGAAAUGCAUGAGAGCUUUUGAGAUUUAUAGACUCAAGAAAAUUCAAUAGAAAUAUCAAAUGCUCAAAGUUAUACAAUUUUAUGGCGAAAGAAGACCUGAGCUUCUUCUUACAUUCUCUAAGUUCUUCUUAGGAUUAAACUCCGAGUAUGCUCAUACUAUUUCUUCAAUAGAUAGCAAUCAAAAAUAAGCGAGAAUAUGCUCGACAGCCCUUGCUAAAUACGUCUUUGAGAAAUGGAAGAAUAUUAAGGAGGUCAUAUAAGUUGAGAAUGAGCAAUAAAGAUAAGCAGAUGAAUUUUACUCAUAUUAGCUGGCACAAAAAGCUAUCAACUCCUGGAAAGAAGGAGUCACUGUUGUUUGCUACAAAAGAAAUUUAAAAUUUUCAUGUCAAGAAUUCAACAAUGUAAGUCUUAUGAGAAAAGCCUUGAAAGGUUUAUCAUUUAACCUUUAGAAAAAUGCAUAUCAUUAUCAUUUGGAAUAAUGUCAACAUGAAACCUAAACAAUCAAGAAUUAAAAUCUAUCUCAGAAGUAUUUCAAUCAAUGGAGAUUAAGAUACAAUAAAAAGGUUCACUAAAGAUAAGGCAUUGAGGAGAUACAAGCGAGAUAAAGUCUUUAAUUAAUCUGUAGAGUAUUCACUGCCUAUAAAGGCUAUCAUUUGAGAAAUAAACAUAAAAAUAAUAAAAUCUAAACAGCAAUUGACUAUAUCGAGGAUAAUAAUUACUUUAAGCAUCUUUAAAAGUACUUCUAUGUACUUCGAAACUACUCUGUUAAGAAGCGCUGUGACAGAAAUGAAUAUAGAGCCAAGAAUCAAGCUGCAUUCGAUUUAAUGUAUGAUAGACUCACUCGCAAGUAUUUCACUGCAUAUAAAAAAGCAAUUGCCGAGAUUAAACACAAAAACAAGCAUUCAAAGUUAUUCUCAGUUUUCGUUGCUUGGAAGUUUUACAUCAGAGAGAAUAAACUAGUGCAGAAAUACCUAUCUGAGUGUAAUUUCUAAUCAAGUACUAGCAAUGUAAAUGCUUAAUCGAAAUUGAAGCAAAGAGGUUCAAACUUCAACACACUUAAUCAUCCAGCUUAAAAGAGAGCUAUUUCAUAGGAGAAGGAAAACUAUGAAGGGUUGAAUGAGAGUGAAAUGGAUAUUAAGUAUCAAAGAAUGGAUAGGUAAAUGAGUAAAAAUAUCCUGAUUUAGAAUUAAAUUCCUGAUACCAAGGAUAUUCUCUAAAGUCAUAACUCAAGAACAAGAUAACCUAACGGGAUUAACGUGAAUCAAAAUUUGGUAUUUACACCUACUCUAGGGUCAUCCUUAUUCAAAAAUCACUUUUAAUCAGUAAGCAGUGAUAAUGGGAGCGAAAAAAGGCAAUUUAAUGCUUUACAAAAUUCUUAACACUCUAAUUUACCGAUAUUCAAGCAAAGAUUUUUUAAUUAAAAAUGA